UAUUUUGAUUUGGUUAACCCUUUUGGUAACUAUAUGAUUCCAUAACUGUUGUUUCAUAGUUGUAAUGUCUUCACUAUUAUUCUACAAUGUGGAAAAUAGUACAAAUAAAUAAAAACCCUUGAAGGAGUAGGUGUUCUAAAACGUUUGCCCUGUAGUGUAGGUAGACGGGAUGAGCAUCAUAUAAAAAAAGUUAAAAUUUAUUUUUAUUUUUUAAAAUAUGCCAGAUGGUUAAAUGCUGCUAUAGUGGUGGUGAACAUGCGACCGAAUUCCCGAAUUGCCCCAUUGGGGUGAAGGAGACAGAGGUGGCAAAGAUAAGGUAGUAACGUUGAAGAAACAAUUGUAGUUCGAUUAGAGACACCAGUGAAUGUUCCUCGCCAACAGAGAGAUCCUUACAUGAUGCAUGUUAAAAACGGUGACUUGCAAUGGUUAUAAACUGCACAGCGCAGCAAACAAAGAAAAUCUGAGAAAAUAGGGAUCAUUGAGUGCUGCUUAACGUUUUUUGGGACUCCGGUAUUUUACAGCAGAGACAUUACAAAUAAUCCUGUCGGUGAAUGUUCUGCUUUCAAACCCCGGAGCCUGUGUAAAGAUGUGAUUUGGACUAGGAUUGAAGGAGUCGGAUGGGUUUUUGAUUUAUUUAUCUUGUUGUAUGAUGUCGCCCCCUCCCUCCCUCCCAUUUGGUGGAUGCCAGAUGCAGCGAGAGGCUAGAGAGGCUCAGAAUCAGUCAUGAUGGUUCGUAUGCAGAGGAUGUAAAACAGAUUGGUGGGACUUCAGUGCGGAAUGAUGGAGCUUCCAAGGCUGCUCCUGUACUACAGUAAGUGGACUUGAUGUCGGGGCUGGUCCUGGCAUGAUUUCGAGACCUGUUCAGAAAUCUUGCGCUCAUGAAUGUUCUCUGUCAACGGACGUUUUGGCAUUGGAAAAAAAACAAUUAACCAAUUAAAGCUAUGAAUUUAAAACACGACUCCGGUUGUGGAAAGCAGAAAUGACAGGCUGAAUAUUAUUGUGGAUACGGCAAAAUAGUUGUGGUUAACAGAUGUUACUGUUGAAAUGGUUGUAGACAUGCUGAAUUAUUCUACGGGUGGAUUGUUUCAGCAUGAUAUAGAUAUAGUUUAAUGGCUUGGGAGGGUUAGUAGGCCAUUUUCCCCCCGUUAUUUUUUCUUAGUAGGGCAGAAUUAGGUUGACCAUGAUUGAUCGCACACUCCAGCACAGUAGGUGGCGGCAUGUACCUUAAACGUUUGUUUGCGGACCGCCAUGAUAUCAUAGACUAAGACGGACGGAAGUGAACAAUGACCAAGAACAAUUUCCACGUUAGCGUUUUUAUUGUUAAUAUUUAGAUGUGUAUUACCACCCUGGAACUCAAAAUAUGACUUAACUGCACAGCCUCACAUACUUAACCCAUGUAGUUUUUAAUUCGCGUUAGAACCCGGACUUGGUUGAUAGAUGUUGUCUAGAUAACGCUAGCUAGCUGCUAACAAUGGCUAACUCUAACGGUAUGGUUUUUCACACUCAAAUUGCCUCCAUCAUGGAGGUGCUAGCGAAUGCAGCCGUGGCAGAGAUCUGUAAACUCGUAGACGACGACUAUGCAGUGUUUCGUUUGGAAAUAACUCAAAGCCAGAAAGAAAACAGGUCAUUACGGAAGAAACUACUGGAACUGAAGGUGGCACGGGAGCGCGCAGAGAGGACAGCACGAGAGCGCGUCCUCGCCAGUCGUCCCAGUAGUGUCAAGAUCCUCGACCGAUACAGAGGAAUGGCAAGAGGUGAAGGACAUCUCACUGGAGGCCACAGGAGCUUUGUGAAGCCAGCAGGACACAAUACAUGGAGAGAUGACCAACCAAUCACUAUUGAUGACGGGAGUGGAACCUCAACCCAGCAAGUUAUUGUGAUAGAGUCUGCAGUUGCAGAGGCUGCAGGUCCUGGGGUCAAGCGGGAGAGCUCUGAAGGAGAGGAGGACCCAUGGCACAGUAAAGACAUCCAGACUAGAGUAGCUGGAGCGCCCCCUGUAGCCACAGAUGACCCCACCACUGCCCCAGCACAGCCCAGGACCCGAUGCAGCAUCACGGAGGAGGAGCAGGGUCCAGAGGUGCAUCUGGUGAAGGAUGAGGGUUGUGAGGAGGGUCUGGGGAACACUGAGGGGACCAUGGUCAUGGAGGACAACCAGACUUCACCUCCUGAAUCCACAGAGGAACCAGCUGAGCAGCACAGGACCACACACAGUCUCACUGAGUCAGUAGACAUGGAGGAUGGAAAGCCUGAUCUGCUGCUGGUCAAAGAACCUCAGACAAUGCCUGUGGCUCAACACUAA